GAGCCCUUCAAGAUGAGCAAUUUCAAGGACGCCAUGGCCCGGGGCGGCACUGAUCGCGCGGUCAAGGCUGGGGGCAACCUCAUGUGUAUAAACCCUUUCAAGUCCCCUACGCCUGGAGCGCCCAUCAACAACUCGUUUACUCAAUCCCUGGAGGAUCACUACUUCAAGAACCCAGUGGACAGAUGCCCGAAGGUCACUAGGGUGGGCGCGUGGGGCAACCCUCCCAAGCUGAAAGAGAAGGGAUGGAUGCCGUUCAUGUCGCCAGAAGAAAUGCGCCACGCGCUCCUGCUCCGCAUCGGCGAAGACGUCGACGCUAACGACGAGGAGGCGCUGGCUACGUGGAAGACGUGUCUGCUGAGCGCAUCCAUGGAGUUUGUCUACGUUGCCAAGGAAGAUGACAUCUGGCUCAAGUCUGCCAACCAGAGAGAGGAAUACGGAGCUGAUUUCAAUGCAAUGUACCGCACUGGGCCCAAGAGGGCCAUCGAGAUAGCUGCCCUCAAGGCAGCGUACGAGAAAUCCAAUGGAGGCGUUGCCAUCGAGGCCGAUAAAGUUCACCAGCUCUACGUCAAGGAAGUGACCUUCGCGACCGUCGUGGUGCCCGGCACGACCCAUGAGAAACCUCAGUUCACCGCCGGCUAUGUGGACACCGCUCUCACGGUAUACUCUCGGAUCCUCACGGACCCGGUUGCGCGGGACCUGGUGCUCGCGGCGGACGAGGAGCGGGGGCAGGCCUCGCCGCAUAACAGCAUCUACCGUUUGGAACUCUUCACCAAGAAGGCCGGUCAGGGGAACGACUCAGCGCUGCACUGGUUGCUCGCUGCCGUCAACGACAUGGUGAGGAACAAGACGGUCGACGGCGCCGAACUUUCAGAGCGGGGCCUCUCUGGCAAGACGAAGGGCGGGAAUGGCAAAGGGCUCCUGGACUUGCUCCUGUUCAAGAUGCACGUGCUGGUUCACCUCCUAGGCGAACAUUUGGACGCAUCUGGCACGCAUUCAGAUGGCAAGGUCGCUGUGCGCAACGCGCUCCGUGACCACUCGGCUUACCGAACGCAUUUUGGUGGCAAGGUCGCCGGGGGGCAGUCUGCCCAGGACUUGAGUUGGUGCGGGGCCCUCAAGCCCUCAGCCCAGCUCUAUGUGAAGUUAGUGGAAGACAUCAUUUACUCCCAGACCUACGAUAACAUUCUCAAGCAGGCCCUGAAGGACAGCAAGGGGGUAGAGGAGGCUCUUCAACACCAGACCCUGAAGGGGCAGUUCGACGAGAUCGAUACCUGCGUGGCCGAUGAGGCCACUCCUGCAGCUUCGGCGGCCCCCGCGCCCAUUCCAACAGAUAUUGAUGAGGAGCUUCGCUUCGAGAUCGUCAUUGGGUGCGUGGGUGCUGAUGCUAUUGGCACCGAGGACGCCGAUGAGUCGCGCGCUAAGCUCCACACUGCCCUGUCAGCAGGGGAUAAGGACCAGCUUGCGACCAUCCGGAAGUUCGAAGAGGAGGCGAAAAUCUACGUGUCAAAGUACAUCAAGCUGAUCGCCCUGCCCAAGACGGAGGAGGAGCUGGCCAACCAGAUGAGGGACUGGUGGGUCGAAUCGUUGUGA